AUGAAAUCGUUAAAAUAUUGUUUUCAUCCAUCGAUAAUAUCUCGAAUACCAUCGUGUAUUCUAUCUGCUAAUCGUCGAUAUUUAGCUACGGAUCAAAAUGCUAGCACAAAAACAGAAGCGAAUAAUACAACUGAAGCACAAGCUGAAAUAGGUCCAUCAGCACCUGAACUUCAAGUUAAUAAUCUCACUGGUGAUUAUCAACAUGUUUUUGAAAUUGCUCUCAAUCGAGCUGAAAGACGUAAUGCACUUGGUAAACAAUUACUCUCACAGUUGGAUGCUACAUUAGAUAGUAUUAAAGAUAAUAAUGCAAUUCGAUGUGUACUUUUUCGUAGUAUGGUUCCAAAUGUAUUUUGUGCUGGUGCUGAUUUGAAAGAACGUCUUACUAUGCCGCAAGAAGAAGUAGGACCAUUCGUAUCGAAGAUUAAAGAAAUCUUUUCGAAAAUUUUCGGUUUAUCUGUACCAACAAUUGUAGCACUUGAUGGUUUGGCACUUGGUGGUGGACUUGAAUUAGCUUUGGCUUGUGAUAUUCGUAUUGCGGCUCAUACAGCUAAACUUGGUCUAACAGAAACAAAACUUGGUAUUAUUCCUGGUGCAGGUGGUACACAACGUUUACCUCGAUUAAUUGGUGUAGCAAAAGCUAAAGAACUUAUUUAUACUGGACGAAUUUUGGAUGGACAACAAGCCUAUGAAUUUCGUUUAGUUAAUGAAGUUGUUAAACAAAAUGCACAAUCUGAUGCAGCUUAUCAACGUUCACUUGAAAUCGCUCGAGAAAUUGCUCAACAGGGACCAUUAGCUGUACGAAUGGCAAAACAAGCGAUUAAUAAAGGAAGUGAAGUUGAUCUUCAAACAGGUCUUGAUGUUGAAGAAGGUUGUUAUGAUACUGUAUUAACAUCAGAAGAUCGUAUUGAAGGUUUAAAAGCUUUUCAAGAAAAGCGAAAACCUAUUUAUAAAGGCGUUUAA